AUGCAGGAAGAAGAAUUUAAAUGGCUUUUACAAGAAGAGGUCCAUGGUGUUUUAAAACAGCUGCAGGAUAUUUUGAAGGAGGCCUCUCACUGGUUCGCCCUGCCCGCCGGUGGCGCGGGAGGAGCUGGCAAGCAGGAGAACUUUGUGCUGAGCAUGUUGGGCACAGACCAGGUGAAAGGUGUGUUGACGCUGCAGGGAGAUGCUCUGUGUCAAGCUGAUGUUAAUCUGAAAAUGCCUAGAAAUAAUCAGCUCCUGCACUUUGCAUUUCGGGAAGACAAGCAGUGGAAAUUGCAGCAGAUCCAGGAUGCUAGAAACCAUGUUAACCAAGCUGUUUACCUGCUUAUGAACAGAGAUGUCAACUACCAGUUCAAAACAGGCUUGGAGGUUCUCAAGCUUAUGGAUGCUGUGAUGUUACAGCUCUCAAGAGCCCGAAAUCGGCUUACCACUCCUGCCACUCUGACUCUACCAGAGAUUGCCUCCAGUGGUCUCACAAAAAUGUUCACCCCUGCUCUGCCUCCAGACAUCCUGGUGAAUUUCUAUAUUAGCCUGAAUAAACUGUGCCUGACUGUCUACCAACUCCAUGUGCUGCAGCCCAGCACAACCAAGAACUUCAAGCCUGCUGGAGGGUCCAUUUUACACUACCCUGGAGCCAUGUUUGAGUUUGGCAGCCAGCGGUAUGAAGUCAGCCAUGUCCAUAAGGUGGAAUGUGUUGUCCCGUGGUUAAACGAUGCCCUUGUCUUCUUUACAGUUUCACUGCAGCUUUGCCAGCAACUGAAGGACAAGAUUUCUGUUUUCUCCAGUUACUCGAACUACAGGCCAUAUUAAUUCUCUGUGGAGCGUCCAAGCCCUUACAGCACUUCCAUUGUCUCCCUGUUUGUUUUCAACAUGCUGGCUGAGUCCAGGUCAGCCUGAGGAGUGCUGUGGUUCCCUACCGUGUGGCUCUCCACUGGGUGGGGUCAGCGUAGCCAGAAACACAACUUCAGUAGCCUUGUCUGGGACUGCUGCAUAUGCAGGGCACCAAGCAAUGCUGUGUGGCUGGCGAGAGCUUCCACCUGUCUUUGUUCUCAUGUGGAUUGUGUGGCU